AUGAAAUCAUUUUUUGAAAUUACAGGUGAAAAUGGUGAUACACCAACAACAAGUUAUUUAUUUUCAGAUUCAGAUCGAUAUUUUUUUGAUUGUGGUGAAGGAUUUCAAAAAUUUACAAAAGGUAGACCAAAUAUAACAUUAGGUAAAGUGAAAUCAUUAUUCAUUACUAAACUUACAUGGGAUUGUAUUGGUGGUUUAAUUGGUUUAUUUUUAACAUUAGCAGAAUAUAAUAUUAAAAUUAAAGUUUAUGGUCCAAAAGGUUUACAUAAAUUAUUUACAUCAUCAAGAGAAUUUCAAUAUUCAUUAAAUGUUGAAAUUCAUGAAAUUGAUACAAAUAAAGUUCAAAUUAUUAAAGAUGAAUUAUUUAUAUUUUAUACUUUACCAAUUUUUAAAUCAAUAAAUAAUAAUAAUAAUCAGAAUGAAAAUGAAAUUAAAGAAUCAAUAAUUGAUGAAAUUGGGUUACCAAAAUUAACAUAUUAUGGAAAGAAGCCAAAUUUUAAUCAAGAAAUAAUUGAAAAUUAUCAAGAACCAAUUGUAUGUUAUAUUGGUAAAACUAAAGAUUUUAGAGGAAAGUUUUAUCCAGAGAAGGCUGAAGCAUUGGGUGUACCAAAAGGUAUUGCAUAUAAACAUUUACAAGAUGGUAAUUCAGUAUUGAAUAAAGAUGGUAUAACAAUUACACCAGAUCAAGUUAUGCAACCAUCAGUUAAAGGAACUAAAAUCGCUGUUAUUAGAUGUCCAUCAUUAGAUUACUUGGAUAGUUUAUUAACACAUACUCAUUUAUUUAAAGAUAUUCAUGUAGUUAAUCAUAUUACACCACAAUCUGUAUUAACAAAUGAUAAAUAUAUUAAAUUUAUGGAAACAAUUACAAAUCAAUCACUAAAUAUUGGUGGUGGUGUUGGUGGUGAUGGUGUUGGUUGUAGUACUAAACAUAUAAUUGUAAAUGAAGAAAAUUGUGAAAGAUCAUCAGGUUGUUUAUCAUCUGAUCUUCAAAUUUCAAAAUUAAGAAAAUUCAUACCACAAUUAUUCCCAAUUAAUGAUGAAAAUAUUCAACGUAAACAAUUACCAAUUGAUUUAAAAAAUUCAAAAAUUUUAAAUACAACAAAUAUUAUACCAUGUAAAGAUGCAACACAUAUAACAAUUGGACCACCACAAAAUGCUGGUGAAAUUCAAUUUUUACCAAUGUUUUUAAAUAAUAGUAUAAAUAAUAAUAGUAGUAGUAAUAAUAAUAAUAAUAAUAAUGAAGAUAUUAUUAAUAAUAAUGAUGAAAUUAUUGAAGAAUUUAUAAAUACAAAACAAGGUAGAAUAUUUAAAAAUCAAUUAGAUGAAAAAAUUAAAGAGAUUGAACUUGAUUGUGAUAAAGUUUGUUUUCCAAAGAUUUUAUUUACAGGUACAGGUUCAUCAAUUCCAAGUAAAUAUAGAAAUGUAACAGGUAAUUUUAUAACAUUAAAAGAUGGUAGUAAUUUAUUAUUGGAUGCAGGUGAGAGUACAUUUGGUCAAUUGUAUCGUUUCUUUGGUCCAAUUGAAAUUAAGAAACAGUUGGUUAAUUUAAAGAUGAUUUGGAUUUCACAUUUACAUGCUGAUCAUCAUUUAGGUAUACCAAAUCUAUUGGAAAAGAGACAACAAUAUUCAAAAGAAUUAGGAAUGGUUGACUCGACCAUUAAACCAUUGGUUAUCAUUGGUCCAAACUCAAUAAUUCAAUGGAUUAAAGAGUUAUCAUCAAUCAUUCAAAUGAAUUUCAUUGGUAUUACAAUUGGUAAGGAGACUGAGGAAUUCUAUGAAAUUUGUCAAUCGUUGGAUAUUAAAUGUGUGACAAUGGUGCCUGUAAUUCAUUGUAAUUUCGCAUUUGGCAUUGUCAUUGAAUGGAAUGACGGUUUUAAAUUAACUUAUUCCGGUGAUACUCGUCCUUGUAAAUUCUUAUCGGAAAUGGGUAAACAUUCAUCGGUUCAAAUCCACGAAGCUACCUUUGAAGAUGAGAAACGAAAUGAUGCAAUCUCUAAAAGACAUUCAACAGUUGGUGAAGCAUUGGAAGUUGGUAGAAAUAUGAAUUGUAAAUUCUCAUUGUUAACUCAUUUCAGUCAACGUUAUCCAAAUUUAAAAAUGGGAACUUAUAAAGAUACAAAUUAUGGCUUAGCAAUUGAUUUACUUCAAAUAGCUCCUUAUCAAUAUCCCUUGGUCUAUAGAAUGAUUGAACCAUUCUCUUUACUAUUUGAAGAUGAAGCUCAAAAGAAAUUCGAUAGAAAACAACAAGUUAUUCAACAAACUCUAAUUCAAAAUCCAAAUAAAAAAUUCAAAGCUGCAAAACAACCUGAUGACACUAUUGAUCCUUUAGAAAAGGAUUCAAAAAGAUUAGAAAGGUAUCAAAGAAAAUAUAAAAAGGUUGAUUCAAAUUUACCAGCUUAUUUAUUUAAUAUCAUCUCAAAAUCUUUAUCAAAAAUUGAAAAUACUUUUGAUGAUUUAAAUAAUCAACCACAAAUUGAUGAUAAUGAUGAUUUCUAA